AUGGCCAGCGUUCAAUCUUGUUACACAAUUUUCCCUUCUGAACCCACCCCCAACACAAAAUUCUACUCCUUGUGCGAACAAAUAAAGCUUCGCACCCACGCUCCUCUUCUUUUUGUGUACAAACCAGACCACCAUCCCAAUGGAUCAACCUUUGUUAACACCCUCAAGCAUUCUCUGAGCCAAGCCUUGGUUUUGUAUUACCCACUUGCGGGUAGGUUGAGUUGGAUCGAAGGAGAAAGAUGGGAACUUAAUUGCAAUGCCAAGGGAGCACAAAUCAUAGAAGCCAAUUGCAAAGAAGUGAAUUUGGACGAUUUGGGUGAUUUCGUGCCUACCCAUUUGGUGUCACAACUCAUACCCAACAUUGAUUAUAAUGUCCCCAUUGAGGAGGUGCCACUUCUAGUUGCACAACUAACAAGGUUCCCUUGUGGUGGUGUCACCAUUGGGGUGGCUUUGUGUCGCGCUUCAAUAGAUGGAACCGCAACCAUGAGGUUCAUGAGCACGUGGGCAAAGUUGGCUAGAGGGGAGCAUUUGGAGUACCACAGAGAAAUGCCAUGCCAUGAUCGAACUAUGCUAAAUUCGCAUAAGCUUAAUUCUGUGUUGCAUGACCAUUCAGAGUUCUACACACCGCCUCUUUGGUUAGGUGCCUUGGAAAACACUGAGGUAGUGGUUGCGAUAGUGAAACUCACGGAAGAACAAGUCAAGAAACUUAAAAACAAGGCACGAUAUGUGGGAAAUACAAACACAAAACCUUAUUCAACUUUUGAGGUUACUGCGGGUUACUUGUGGAGGUGUGUGAGCAAAGCACGUUAUGUGGAAAAUUGUGACCAACCUACGAGGGUGUCCACUUUGGUUAACUGUAGGAACCGGUUAAGGCCACCCCUUCCAAGUGCUUAUGCAGGAAAUGUAGCAUUUCCUACCGUAACACCAACAUCUUCCUUUGGUGAACUUAUGCAUAGGCCUUUGAGUUAUGCGGCAGGAAAUGUUAGGAAAGCGCUUGAAAGAGUGAAUGGGGAGUAUGUGGGGUCAGCACUUAAUCACAUAGAAAAGGAGAAGGACAUAAACUUGUUAAGGUACAAUUUUCAUUACCCUGCUCCAAGUGUGCAUAAGGGAACCUUUAAAGGGAACCCAAACCUUUUUGUGGUUAGUUGGAUGAAUUUCUCGUUUAAGGAAGCGGAUUUUGGAUGGGGAAAGCCUAUGUAUUUUGGCCCCGGGUACAUGGAUUCUGAAGGGAAAGCAUUUGUUAUGAAUAAUGCUAGUGGCAAUGGCCUCGUUGUGGCGAUUUCUUUAGAGGCGUCUCACAUGGAUGCUUUCAAGAAAUAUUUUUAUGGUGAUAUUGAAGAGGUAAUUCCCAUUUGCAAACUGUGA